AUGAGCGGUCGCGGCGACGGCGACAAGGAGGCUUUCUUCCACGCGCUGGAUCGCGUGCCGUCCGGCCUGCACCUCGACGCCGACUUCCCCUCCGACGAUGACGACGACGAGGACGACGUCCGCGUCUCCUUCGCCUCCGCCAUGGGCGACCAGAGCUUCCAGAGCUUCCGCAAGUACCAGGCGGCCGUGCUGGAGGAGGAGGAGGAGGAGGACGAGGAGGCGGAGGACCCGUCCAAGUACGACAUGUGGAUGUCCGACGAGCCAGUGUCCAUCCAGGAGCGCCGCCGCCGCCUGCACCAGGGGCUCGGGAUGGCCAGCAGCCGGGACCUCGCGCUGCGCCGGCAUAGCAUGAAGAAGCGCCCCGCCGAUGUGCCCCGGAGCGUGUCGCGGAGCGUGUCCAGGCAGCUGCCGCCACCAGCGCCGGCCCCAACCACCGCCUCGGCCCCCAAUGUCGUCGUAAGCACCGCGGCGCAAGCGGUGGCCGCGGUGCCACCGCCACCUCCGAAGAAGGCCAUCACGAGGUGCCGCUCAGACAGCAACCUUGUCGUGCGAGACGACGCGUCGGUCUCGGUGAAGCCACCGUCGCAGCCUUUGCGUCGUGUCCGUUCCUUGCCGGCUCGGCCCGACGCCGGCGACAGCGCGCCCCUCGAGAAGCCUCAAGCUGUGGCUUCACGUGAGUUGCCCGUCGCGCCACUACCGGCAGGCCCAGCGGAUAAAGGCCAAAAAGGCGACGGUGACGUCAAGAAGGGUGACGGCGACGGCAAGAAAGGCGACGACGGGGGCAAGAAUCAGGACAGCGAGAAGGAGGCUGCCGUCGUCGUCGCCGCCACUCCCAAGGACGUUCCGUCGACCACCCAGUCCGGCGUGCUGGGGCUGGAGGAGUUCGAGAAGUUCAUCGGCAACACCCCCAUCAUGAAGCUGAUGCGCCGCGGCACGAGCCAGCACCAGCCCGCGCCACCGGGCGCCGGAGUGCCGCCCAAGGCCGAGAAGGCGGGCAACAAGAAGAAGGGCGGCUGGCUCAAGAACAUCAAGUCCGUCGCCAUCGGUUUCAUCCAGGACAAGGACACAGCCAUGCCCAAGUCGGUCUCCACCAAUGCCUCCGCCGGGGCCCCGCCGCCGGCCUCGUCGUCCGAGCGCCUCAAGGUGCACCAGUACGGCAAGUCGAGCAAGGAGCUCACCGGACUGUACAUGUGCCAGGAGAUACAGGCGCACGAGGGGUCCAUUUGGAGCAUCAAGUUCAGCGCGGACGGCCGGCGGCUGGCCAGCGCCGGCGAGGAUAGCGUGGUGCGCGUGUGGCAGGUGGUGGAGACCAACGCCCCGCCGAGCUCGUUGGCGCUGGAUGGCGGCAAGUCAGGCCCCCUGGCCCCGCUGCCCCCUGCCGCGGCCGAUGGGUCGUCGAUGCCGGCGCUGGCCCAGAUGUCCAAGAAGUCGACCAAGGGGAAGAGCGGAAGGGACACGCUCCCCGAGCACCUCGUCAUCCCCGACAAAGUGUUCGCGCUCGCCGAGCAGCCGGCGUGCGUCCUCGAGGGCCACAAGGACGACGUGCUGGACCUCACCUGGUCCAAGUCCGACCAGCUGCUGUCGUCGUCGAUGGAUAAGACGGUGAGGCUGUGGGACACGGAGAGCAAGGCGUGCCUCAAGACGUUUGCCCACAGCGACUACGUGACUUGCAUCCAGUUCAACCCGGUGGACGACCGGUACUUCAUCAGCGGGUCGCUGGACGCCAAGGUACGCCUAUGGAGCAUCCCUGACCGGCAGGUCGUCGAUUGGACUGACCUCAACGAGAUGGUCACCGCCGUCUCCUACACCCCUGACGGGCAGGGUGCGAUCAUCGGCUCGCACAAAGGGAGCUGCCGGUUGUACAAGACAACAGACUGCAAGCUUAGCGCGGAGGCGCAGAUCGACAUCCAGAACAAGAAGCGCAAGGCGCAAGCAAAGAAGAUAACCGGGUUCCAGUUUGCUCCGGGGAACCCUGCCGAGGUACUAGUCACCUCUGCCGACUCGCAGAUCCGCGUCUUUGAUAACGUGACCAUGGUUCAAAAGUUCAGAGGUUUCAAGAACACGAGCAGCCAGAUCACGGCGGCCUACACCUCGGACGGGCGGUACGCCGUGUGCGCGAGCGAGGACUCGCACGUGUACCUGUGGCGGACCACCCGCGUGCCGCCGGCCCCGGCCAUCGGCAUCGGCAUGAAGCCCAAGACGUGGUGCACCAUCCGCUCCUACGAGAACUUCUACUGCAAGGACGUGUCCGCCGCGGUCCCCUGGACGCACGCGCCGUCCCCGCCGGGCGCCGGCGACGGCAGCCCCUCCGCCUGCAGCCCGGCGUCGCGGGACAAGAAGCAGCAGGGCAUGGUCUGCAACGAGGAGUCCUGCAGCGUCGCCGCCAAGCUGGAGGGCGGCGACCCGGCCGGCGCCGCCGAGCCCAACAAGCAGGGCGGCGGCAAGGGCGACAGCGGCAACGCGUGGGGGCUGGUGGUGGUGACGGCGAGCUUGGGCGGGGAGAUCAGGGUGUACCAGAACUUUGGGAUGCCGUUCAGGAUCAAAGGCCAGGGCAACCUCUUCUACUGAUCACUUCAGGGGAUCGUUGCUGCCGGACCGGAGGACCAACGAUCUGCGCGCGAACAGAACCGUACAGCGUCCUUUUUGGCCAUUGGUGACUUGUGACUUCAGUCGAUUUUGUGUACAUGUAACAUGUUCAUCGAGCAGGGGAGAGGUGCCAUUGUUUGUUUGUUGUGUGUUGUAGCUAGGCAGUGCUCCAAUGGGCAUA